AUGUGCAGUAACUUCGCAUCCUUUGUUGCGGACGCGGAGAGACUGCGCGGGAAGCCUUGAGCGCUCUGAUUUGCAUCUGCAAUAUUCGCGACUACAUCUGCCGACAUGCGGCUCACAGCGGAGCUGAUUAAUAACUCUCUCUCCUACCUUAACCCGCUGAAGGAGCGCGAGCUCGAUCUUCGAGGGCACAAAAUACCGAGCAUCGAGAAUCUGGGUGUCGCCAAGGAUCAAGAGUCCAUCGACUUCACCGACAAUGACAUAAGUGUACUUGGCAACUUUCCACUCUCGCCACGGUUACAGACUCUACUGUGCGCGCGCAACCGGAUAUCAAGUAUACAGCCCGGCCUGUCGAAGAGCAUACCGAAUCUGCACAGUCUUGUCCUCACGCAGAACAACAUCAGUGAGCUGGCGGACCUUGACCCGCUGCAAGGGUUCGUCAAGCUCACGCAUGUCAGCUUACUAGAAAAUGCGGUCACUGGCAAGGAACACUAUCGCUACUACGUUCUUUGGCGAGCCCCACAGAUCCGCUACCUUGAUUUUCAGAAAGUCAAGGAUGCCGAGCGAGCCCGAGCGAAAGAGCUCUUCGGCACGUACGAAGCGCCCACCGAGCUGGCGAGGAGCAUUGCGGCCGUGCGGUCUAAGAAUCCACUCAGCUAUUCCGCUGCAUCAGUCGUCAAUGGCGUGGGCAAAUCUCAGCGCGUGAAGCUUACGGAGAAGGAACGGAAGAGGUUCGAGACGUUAGUGAAGCAGGCGAAGUCGCUUGCCGAAGUGCAGAAGCUCGAGAAAGCGUUCAGCGAAGGGCGUUUGCCAGCAGGUUUUGGUGACGGAGAUGCCAUGGACGAGACGUGAGCGACAUUGUUGCGAACGGAAUGCCAAGAACUGCGACGCCAUCCGGACUGUGAUGUUUGGCCGACUCUUUGAUCCGCUCGACGCACCUGUGUCGCGACGCCCAGAACGCCUAAUGCCGUUUACGCCGUGGUUCUGACGGGAGCUCGCUAAAGGUAGCCACAACUUGUAUCAUAGCUGUACAGAGCACGGACUGAUGUCUUUAGCAGAUUCGACGCCCAAUCCCUAUGCGGAGCCGCGUGUGAUCUGUCGCUGCG